AACAUGGAAGUUGGAGUCAAAACAUGUUCAGUUUUUCCCGCCGGCAUUCUCCAACCUGUGUUCUACAGCAAGGAUUUUCCAUCAUCGAUGAAUUUUGGUGGGAUCGGAGUGGUGAUCGGACAUGAAAUUACGCACGGAUUUGACGAUAGAGGGCGUCUCUACGACAAUCUUGGCAAUAUACGACAAUGGUGGGACAACGUAACGAUAGCGAAAUUCGAGAAGAAGGCAGAGUGCAUCGAAAAGCAGUAUUCCGAGUACAUGUUGGAGCAGAUUUCAAUGAAAAUUAAUGGUCGGAGCACGAAAGGCGAGAAUAUUGCGGACAAUGGAGGACUUAAGCAAGCAUACAAUUUUCAGCAAUUUUUUUUAUUAAAGAUUUGGUGCGGAACGAUGAAUGACAAGGAGGCCGUGCGGAAACUACGAACAUCUGAACACUCCCCUGGACCGAUCAGAGUGAAAGGUCCGUUGUCAAAUAGCGUCGACUUCGCAACCGCCUUCAACUGUCCGGCCGGAUCACCAAUGAAUCCGCUGCACAAAUGCAGGGUCUGGUAA